CCACCAGGGAGGACGAAUUGGCAAGACAGACUCAGGGACGAUAUGAUGAACUGCAAAAAAACACAACUCAAAAACACCAGGUCCUGAACCAACACCUCAUCCAGCUGAAUGAUCAGCUGGAACAAGUGAAGGCGGACCUGGACACGAAGAUGAAGAUGGUCCAGAAACACGCCGACUUGCAGCUGCAGCAAACUGAAAAACAGAACACCGGCACCGAGUGGCGGCUGAAGGACCAAAUCCAGCAGGUGCAGGAGAAGCUGCAACUCGAAGUCAGAGUGCACGAGGAGUCAAAAAACUGGUUGCAUCAUCAGCACAAGGAGUUACAGCAGCAGUUUGAGUGGUGGCAGCUGCACUUCGACCAGAUAUCACAAGAAAAACAGCAGCAGGUGGACGAGCGGCAACGAGAGCUAACACAAAAUUCAGACAGACUGACGCAACUCAAGAGAAAGUUCAGGGACAUGGAGCAGGUGGUGUUGAAGUCCAGGCAGCAGAAGGAGAUGUUGCGCAGACAGCUGGAGAGACAGCAGGAAGAGAUCACAGCUGUUACCAUGAUACAGGCCUGGUGGAGAGGCUGUAUGGUUCGACGAGGUCUCGGCCCGUUUAAAAAAGGGACUAAAUCCAAGGACGGCAAGAAGAAAGGAAAGAAAGCAAAAGGAAAGAAGUAGAAAAAAGUGGACGUCAUCUUCCUCCGAGGCCUCAUUCUGAUUUUAAAGAUGUAAUUUUUGUUUCAUCUGUUCAUUCUGCAAAAACCAAAUGUGAUUAAAAAACCUUCUAAAAGU